GCCUCAGUACCGCACGCCGAAGACUACGUUUCCCAAAGUGCUCCGCUCUCAGCUUAGGGUCGCUCUGCCAAUUCCGAACUCCCCUUUCGCUCAUUCGAGUUCCGUCGCAGGGGAAAGGGCUGAGGCAUAGAGGGCGCUGCGUCUGCGAAUUGCGAGGAAUUGAAGGACGGUCCCUGACGCCGCACAUCCCCCGGCCUGAGGAAGAGCGAGAGCGAGCUGCCGGGGCCUAGCGAUGAGUUACCUCAGCGAAAGCGGCGGGGCCGUUAGGUCCCUCCUCGACUUAAGCCUUCAUUGCUUAACAAGGAACAUAUCCAGAUAUGCGGAAGAUAUUAAGCCUUUGCCUCCCAACAUCAAAGAUAAACUGAUCAAAUCAUUGAGUGUCCAAGGGUGGAUAAGUGAUUCAAAUAUUAAUACGGUUUUGCACCCUGCAGUAGAGGCACUCGACCUUCGGGACUGUGAUGUUUCAGAUAAUGCCUUGCAACAGCUUUGUAACUGCAAACAACUUAAGAAAAUUAACUUGAACAUUUGGAAAGGCAACAGACUAACAGUCACUUCGGAAGGGGUUGCAGCACUGGCCUUGUCAUGCCCUUAUUUACGUGAAGUCUCUUUUAAAAGAUGUAGCAACAUUACAGAUAGUGGAGUCCUUGCCCUUGCCCUCCACUGCCCACUUUUGCAAAUAGUUAACAUAGGUGGAUGUUCCAGCAUUACAGAUACAUCACUGCAAGCUCUUGGACAGAACUGCCAAUCUUUACAUAGUGUGGAUUUUUCAUCUACCCAAGUUACUGAUGACGGUGUAAUAGCACUUGUUAGUGGAAUGUGUUCAAAGAAUUUAAAGGAGAUCCAUAUGGAACGGUGUGUGAAUCUGACUGACAUAGCUGUGGAAGCUGUUCUCACUUGUUGUCCAAGGAUAUACAUUUUUCUGUUCCAUGGAUGCCCACUGAUAACAGAUCGUUCUCGAGAAGCCCUGGAACAGCUGGUUGGACCAAAUAAGUUUAAGCAGGUUUCAUGGACUGUUUAUUGAUUUUUCUUUAGUUGUUGAUGGCAUCUCUUUUUCAAGAAAUAACCAUUCCUGGAACGGCAUGUCUCUGGUGUUGUAGAGUGUACUGUCUCCCACUGACAUGCUUCGUUUGUGUUUCAACUGCCAAAGGUAGUGGCACUAAUGUCGUGUUGGUUUUCUUGAUUAACGAGAAUGUUUCUCUUUUUUCCACUCCACAUGAUGGAUUACGAAUAGGAAGUUGUUAGUGUUCAUGUAAGAGCAACAGGUCAGAACUGUAAUUCAGGAAUCAUUAUGUUCAAAUGUUAAGUUCUGUGGCAGUGAAGAACUAACAGGAAAAUGUGAUGUGGCAGGUGGUGAGCCAGCAAGACAUGACAGCCACUUUUGCAUCUAAGCAUUUUGUAAGGUCACUUGCGCAGCCAUCACUUUGGGGAGGGUCAGUUAUGUUUCAAGGUAGCCAUUAUAAUUGGAGACAUGAGGUUUAGUUUCCUGCAUGCUGGUUCUUGUUUUGAAAUAAAUGCUCCUACCAUCUUCAAGUUGUGAAUGUAUUUUAUUUCAUUCCAAAGAAUUAAUGCAUGUGUUUAUAGUACUCAUUACUUCUGUUUUUGGGUGAAAAGGUUAACAUAUGGCUUUGUUCUAAUAUCUCCUAGCCAGGAUACCACUUUCUGGCCCAGUGAGGAACGUAGUAGUGAAAACUAGAAGGUAUACUGCUAUCUAGUCUAGGAAUUUGGAUUUCUUCCUUAACCCUGUAUAAGAGUUGUUUGAUCAUGUACAGCCCAUGCAUUGCCAGGGAAAAAUGAGUAUUCAAACGAAAGGUUUCAAUAGGAUUUGAGUGUCUUGUCCAUCUGCAGCAUAGUAUACUAUAGAACAUUAAAAACCUCUGUUUUUAUCUCAUUUUGUAUCAUUUUAUAUUAUAUACCUGUAUAACAUUAAAUAUUACAUAGAAAUAUCUAUGGUUGUUAAUAACAGGCUCAUUAAAGUUACUAAUACGGUAUAUCUGCCCCACUGCAUUCUUGCUUCAAGGCUGCUAGCGGUGACUUUCAUGACCAAGGGAUAAUACAAACUUAAAAUAUUCAGAGAACACUUCUACUAGUUGUGCUGGAUAAUCAAAGGAAUAAAUUAACAUGUUCAGGGCAGAAUAUCUGAAUGAAGAAAGGUUUUGUGUUUCUAUUUAGUGUGCUCUGAGCUGCUUCUUUUGCAGAAAACAGUUUUGAUUAGAGCCUGAUUAAAGCACAAAGGUCAGAUCUGUGUUAACAGCUUUAAUUGACUCAACAAUACAAUGUUUUCAGCCUUAGUGAAAACCACAGAGCUUUAAUUCAUCUACCCACACCUGCUGUCUUUUAUUUAAUCUAAUUUUCAUUGUGGCUGUUAACAACACAGUAUGAAUAUUUUUGAACUUAAAAACUGCUUACUAAUAGCAAUAGAAUGUAUUUAAGGGAAUGCAACUGCAUAACAAGGUUGACUUAAGUAAUUACUCUUAUAAAUUUAUUUUGAAUUGUA